AAACCCAAAUUUCUGAAGGAAAAAAAGUUUUAAAGUAAAAUAAUGGCGAUAAAGAAGUCAUCUCAAGCAGCAUCGAUCAAGCAAAUCUUAAAGAGAUGCUCGUCGAGCUUAGGGAAGAAUAAGAACGUCACCGGUUGCUACUAUAAACAAGAAGAUGGUCUUCCUCAAGACGUGCCGAAAGGUCAUUUUCCGGUUUACGUUGGACCAAACCGAAGUCGGUACAUCAUUCCCAUCUCGUGGCUCGAACAUUCCGAGUUUCAAACGUUACUCCGACUAGCCGAGGAAGAGUAUGGUUUUGACCAUAAUAUGGGUGUAAUCAUACCCUGUGAUGAAGUGUUCUUCAGGUCUCUAAUCUCUAUGUUCAGAUAAAUUCAAUCGCGCGGGGACUCAAGAAUCAAAGAAGGAUGACUUAUAGUAGUUACAAGAUGAUUGAUUAUUUUUUGUGAUGGUUAGAAGAGGAUAUCUCUAUAUCAUAAAGAAAUUCGAAUUUGAAGUGGAGGGUAAAUCCAAAAAACAAGAAACAAAGACGAAGGGGGUUACAAGCUUCGUGUAUCAACUCUUUUUUUUUCCUUUUCCUAAAAUUACAGUUUCUAGUUUCUUUUUCUUAUAAUGUUUUGUAGUGGGUGGGCUGGGAUACUUUUUCCCCUACGUUAACGGCCAACGUGACAUGUUGACGAGUGAUCAUGAGAAGAGUAGCGAUAAUUAACUCUCCUUUUUCAUAGUAAAUGUUAAAUUUAUGAGUUUGUACUGGAUAUAAAGUGUGCUUUAUAGUAAAUUUCUCAGACAUUGAACACUAUUUAUUGAAUUCUCACUUUCAUA